GAGCUCUCUCCGCCUCUCGUUCAUCUGUAGGCGACGAGCUCCAAAGUGAGGGGGGGAAAGGGCGAGGGAGAAGCUCAAGGGGAGCGAGAAGAAGAGUCUUCCCAAGUCAUUGAAACACUCCGUCUCAGUUGCUGGGAAGACCUCUCUCUGUCUCUUUCUCUCUCUGAAAACUCCCAAAUGGCUUCCAGACUCUCCGGCUGUGUAUUCCACUCAGUGAGCUCUGGUCCUCAGGCAGCUCAGCACAGACGUCCGCUGUAUCUAAUGAGGUCAGCUGGAACGGGCAAACUUAAAUGGGGAAGCCUUUUGGACAAACAUGUCAUGGAAAAUCGUGCAUCCAUGACCUUGAGGCGAAAUUGUGUCAGAGUAUCAGUUGCAGCUCCAGCUUCAUCACCCUAUCUGGACAGUGUAGAGAAUAGGAAAAAUUUGGCAGAGAGAUAUGGUUUCACAAAUAUUGGGGAACCACUUCCAGACCAUAUCACAUUGAAGGAUGUCCUUGAUACACUCCCAAAGGAGGUAUUUGAAAUUGAUGAAUACAAAUCUUGGAAAUCGGUUUUGAUAUCAGUUACUUCCUAUGCUCUGGGAAUUUUUAUGAUUGCAAAAUCACCAUGGUACUUGCUUCCUCUAGCUUGGGCAUGGACUGGCACUGCAGUAACGGGAUUUUUUGUCAUAGGCCAUGAUUGUGCGCAUAAGUCAUUUUCGAAGAACAAAAUGGUGGAAGAUAUUGUUGGAACUCUAGCCUUUUUGCCCCUCAUAUAUCCUUAUGAGCCAUGGCGCUUCAAACAUGACAGGCAUCAUGCAAAAACUAACAUGUUGUCUGAAGAUACUGCAUGGCACCCUGUUUGGAAGGAGGAGUUUGAAACUUCUGACUUGUUGCGGAAGUCAAUAAUAGCAGGAUAUGGUCCCUUCCGUCCAUGGAUGUCAAUUGCUCACUGGCUAGUGUGGCAUUUUGAUUUGAAGAAGUUCAGACCUAGUGAGAUUAAAAGGGUGAAAAUAAGCUUGGCAUGUGUCUUUGCAUUCAUGGCAAUCGGGUGGCCUUUGAUUAUUUGGGCCUCUGGGAUCACAGGAUGGAUCAAGUUCUGGUUGAUGCCUUGGCUUGGUUAUCACUUUUGGAUGAGCACAUUUACAAUGGUUCAUCACACAGCUCCUCAUAUACCUUUUAAAACUUCUGACGAGUGGAAUGCAGCUCAAGCCCAGCUUGGAGGAACGGUUCACUGCAAUUAUCCUCGUUGGGUAGAGAUUCUCUGUCAUGAUAUCAAUGUUCACAUACCACAUCAUAUAUCCCCAAGGAUACCCAACUACAAUCUGAGGGCUGCUCACCAGACGCUGAAAGAAAGUUGGGGCACGCAUAUGAACGAGGCUACUUGGAACUGGCGACUAAUGAAGACCAUAAUGACAAUAUGCCACAUAUACGAUCAAGAUCACAAUUAUGUUCCCUUUGAUGAAGUUGCACCCGAAGAUUCCCAACCCAUUACAUUCUUGAGAAAGUUCAUGCCUGAAUUCAGUUAGACGAAAGUACUUUGAAUUAAUUGAAUUUGCCCCCGGCAGAUUGGUUCAA